GUAGAUGGCGUAAUAAAUUGAUUUCAAUACUCGGUGUUUACGAAAAGGCGAAAAGACAGUAUUAUAAAAGUAUACAGAUGUUUAACCUUUGAAUGAAUGGAACGCUGAUUGUUCUUUAUAAUGCAUCUCGUUUCUCACGCGGAAACUUCUGAGAGGUCUGAUGACAUUUUAAUAAAAGAAUUCGAACCACGAUCUCUAUGUAGCAAGAAAGAAUGGUUUAUUUUAUGUAUUUAACCUGAAUCGAGAAACCACAUUUGUAUAUUGUAAUAGUCUGUACUUUAUUCUGUGAAUAAACAAUGUCUCAGACAAUUGAUGGAAGAAGUAUCAAAGUAGAACCUAUCGACUUUUCUGAGGAUUCUGAGAAUGAGGCUUGUAAAAAGUGUGGAAGUCUGUGCGAUCCGUAUAGGAAACCAGCAUUGCGUUGCAACGGAUGCUCAAGAAAGAUACAUGUAGAAUGCUUGAAAAGAGGAAGUGUACCGGUGUCUUUCGUGGGAGAUGUAUUCUUUGAAUUCACUUGCUCUAAUUGCAAUCCGUUUGGCGAGGAAACGGUUGUUCGUAACAGAAUGCCAUGGCUUAAUGUAAUUAUAUUGACUCUGUAUAAUUUACGGGAAAAGUCAAGCGGUAUCAGUAAAAGAGGAUACUUUCAUUGGAAGUCUGAUAUCAGCACUUUUGUAGAUCGUAAUUGGGAUUACUUAUUUAAAAAGACUGUUAAGAGGAAAAAGAAUUGGAUUGGUACUAUAUCUGGAACACUUUCUCAUUAUAGUGGUAUCUUUUUUAAAUCAGGAACAGUAGAAUUAGGGGAAUCUGGUUGGUGGAGAUUGAUAGACAAUGAUCCACCUGAAAUUCUCAUAGCCAAAAAUGAAAAAAUGAUAUUAGAUCGUAAGAAACAAAUUGGUGGCCAAACAAAGGCAUCAAGUAGAAUGUACAGCAGUCCAACUCCCUCAGAAUCUAGUAUUUCUGUUGGAGAAGAUAACACUUGCGGAAAUGAGUUGCCGAAAACUGAAGAAUGUUCUGUAUAUUCACAAUCCCAUGUUCAAUCCAAUAAAACAUUAUUUGAUCUAUUACUCGAGGAGAAUGAAUUAAAUAUGGACAUUGAAGACGAUUCCAUGCUUAAUGAGCAAAGUGACACUCCAUCUUUAUCUGAUUUGAUAAGGGACUGCCAGUAUCAAUCUAAUAAUUUCCACUUCUCACAAUUACUGGAUGAUUUUACAACUGAAUGGGGCUCCACUACAGAUACCACAUCCGAAACUAAUUGUAACAUUAAAGUAGAACAAAUAAAGCAAGAAGUAGAGGAAGAAGAAGACGAGGAAGAGGAAGAAGAAAUAGAAGACGAAGCAGAGAGCACCGAUAGUUUGAAUUCUGUUCAGGAACAGCCACCUGUUUCUUUAUUUCAUGUAAGAAAUCAGCGGCCUUGGCCUUGGCAAAGAAAUCAUGUUAUUGAAGAAAAGAUCCCGCGCAUGACCCAUCAGGAGGAAGCAUAUUUAUUACAACAGGUCAACAAAUCUGCGCUUAAUUCAGCACCUCCAGAGAUCAGGCGAUUUUACAGAAAAUUAGCUGUAAGAAAAUUGAAACGCGAAUACGGUUUGCCUAUACUGGACGUCGAUAAUUUCGGACUACAAACAGAAACAUCUCACAAAUCUUCAAAAGACUCCAACAGAGUAUUGGACCGAUUUUUUGGCGAUGACUUAGGAUUAUUUGAGCAAAGAUUGCAAGGAUACAAUGAGCCUACGUCUGUACAUAGUCCAUACACGAACAGACUCCUGAAACCGUUCAUAAGAAGAGACACUUCCUGCCGACCUUUGUGGGUAAGAGUAAUGGAGGAACUUCGAACAAAAGUAAAUAAAUCGAAUCCUAAGUGGAGGUUGCCGCCAGCAGCACCGAUCGAUUAUUCUUACAUUAGACCUCAACACAUUCCCGCGAUUAACAGUCUGUGCAGCCAAUUUUUUUGGCCUGGCAUCGAUUUGACAGAAUGCUUGCAGUACCCCGAUUUCAGUUGCGUCGUGCUGUACAAGAAAUUAGUUAUAGGAUUCGCGAUUUUAGUUCCCGACGUUGGUUACAACGAAGCGUACAUAUCGUUCUUCCUGACCCGUCCCGAAUGGCGUAGAUCCGGUAUCGGAACAUUCAUGCUUUAUCAUUUGAUCCAAACCUGCAUGGGGAAGGACGUUACGUUACACGUUUCAGCUACUAAUCCCGCGUUGAUUUUGUAUCAGAAAUUCGGUUUCAAAGUGGAGGAGUUCGUUCAGGAUUUCUACGACAAAUACAUGCCUCCGAAUUCACGAGAGUGCAGGCAUGCGUUGUUCUUACGAUUGAGUAGAUGAGCGUAAAUUAAUUCUGCGUAAUAUGUGUCACAUGUUCGUGAAAUAUACGUAACAUUAACUCGACCAACUUCUCUUUUAUGAUAACAUUCCCAUUAAAAUUACAUUCGUACAGUAUCAAUUUAAUUGCAUUAUA